AUGGGAGGACCACAUCACCAGCAACAAGACUUCCCUCUGUCUCCCUCUCCCAAUCUCUGCUUCCUCUUCACUUCUCUCUCUCUCUCUCUCUCUCUUUCUCUUGAUUUCCCACCCUGUUCAACCCCUCUCUUUUGUUCCGCUUCGUUUUCUCUCCUUCUCCCUCCCCCAGUAUCCCUCUUUUCUUGUGAUUCGCCUCCCUCAGUCUCCCCCUAUACUUACUCAUCUUCUCUUGUUCUCACUUUUACCCUCUUUUCUCUGUCUUCAUUUUCCCUCUCUCACUCUUACUAUCUCUCCUCAUUCUCUUUCUCACCCCUACUCACCACUCAAUCUCUCUCUUUCUAUCUUUCUCCUAUUUCCCCUCCGUUUCUGUCCCCCGUAUCCUCUUCUAUCAUCUCAUUCUUUCUCUAUCUCUUUUUUUUUACUUCUACUCGAUCACACCCUCUCUUACCAGUUCACUUCCUUUACAUUCCUACUUUCUUUUCUCUCCUCCUCUUCCAACCACUUUCCCUCAGUCUCUCUCCUCUAUAUCCUUCUCUUCUCUUUUCUAUCCAUUCAUUCCAUCUUUCUUUCCCUCUCUCAUUCUUUCCUUUACCUCUCUGUCUCCCUCCGACCUUUUAA